AUGGACAUCGAAGUGGAUUAUUUCGACAUUCCAGAGACUCAAUGGGAACUUGUUGAACAUGCUAGUAAUGGGACUAUUCCCGAAUCGUAUAAAAAAAUUAGUGAUUUUGAUGUCAUGUCUUCAAAGAUUACCCUCUACUACAGAAACAAAAUCGACGCCAAGGGUAACAACAGAAACUUAAAUGAAUAUUUUAUAAAAGGCACGCUUAACGUGCCCCGAGAUGACUUUUUAUUUUUGGUAAUGGACGAGUCUAUGCGUGCCGCAUGGGACACUACGCUCCUUUCCUCUCGUACACUGGUAAAGGAACCCGAGUACGACCUUGGAUUUUAUGUUUCAAAAUAUCCUUUCCCCUUACUACGCCGUACCUAUCUCACGGCCAGAACUUUUUUUACGAAAAAUGACAUCGGUGUUAUUUUCAGCCGUGCCAUUGAAGGUGCAGUGCCAUUCAAAAUCUCUUGGUCUACGCGCGUAACUGACUAUAUAUCAUCUGUGUCAAUUAGACCACUAAGUGAUAAUACAAGCGAGAUGUAUUUUUACCACUAUGAAGAUCCCAAGACGUUCCUCCCCGACGCAAUGCUGAACCGUGUGAUUGUGACAAUAAUACCUACAAUUAUCUCAAAACUACUAAACGCCUGUAGGCCAACCACGCCACAGGAGCGGGAAACUGUAUACAAAAUUUUCAAAUUCGGAACUGAUUGCAACAAAUUUAAAGAUAUUCCCUUAGAAAAGAGAUCGAUAAAAUACGUGAAUUAUGAUCUCCCAGAUAAACUGGAAAUGCUUGAGUGUUCAGACAAAGAUGAUUUGUCUGAUAACUAA